UUGUAGCGCGUGAAAAAGGAAUAAUCCGGAAGUAGCAUCAGCAGCAAUGGGGGGAAAACAAACCGCGCCAUCGCACUAGGUUCAGGCAACAUGGCUGCGAAUAAAAGAAGGUUCACGAUCGAAGACAAACGACGGAUUCUUGAGCUGUAUGACCAGCUUCCUCUGAUGAGCCAAAGAAAGGCUGCGAAACGACUGAACGUGACUCCGUCUAUGCUUUGGAAUAUUAUCCAUAACAGGAACUGCAUAAUAAAAGGCGAGAUCAUUAAACGUGAAAAGAACAAGUGGUUAGGAUGUGGUAGGUCACCAAGACUCGAGGCAAACAUCUGGAAAUGGAUCGAUCAGCUGCAGCAAAACGGAACCCCUGUUACUGAUCUAAUGAUUCACCGUAAAGCGUUGGACAUUGCCGGGCGAAUGGGGAUAGUUCGCUUCAGACCGAGUCCCAGGUGGUACAGCGGGUUUAAGAAACGAGAGGCGAUCGUGCGUGAGAGGUAUCGCAUCUAUCCGGCAUCUGAUCACAACAAUCUGCCUGAUGAACAGCUCGGAUCUCAGAACAAACCUGUCUCUGCGUCUCCAAACGCUGGUGUUGAGCCUCCUCGGGAACACAGCACUCAUGACACCGAGGGAAAAAGUGCUACAGUGAACGAAACCGAACAGAACAAACCGCUUCAGGCCCAAAACAACCCUACAGCCCUGAUGGGCAAAGUAAACGGACAGAUGCAGACAGUUACUGUUCCUUCACUGCACCAAAUGCAGGAAGCUAUGAAGACUUUAGCCACUGGUUUGUUAUACCGCGGUUUUAGUGACUUUAAUCUCCUCCAUCAGUUUGAGAGAGAAGUUUCAAACGUUGUGAAGAGAUCAAAGGCACAAGGAUGUCAGGACAGUUUUGUAGCCUGAGUGCUGGGUCACUUAAUAUUGUUGUCUUCUGCAAUGUUCAAGUGCACUAUUUAUACCCUGUGCCUUCUGUGGUGUAUUAUUUGGCUACUAUCGUGUUGAAGUGCACUGUGGGAUUACACCAACACACUGGAUAACCUUAAUGUUUGUGGACAAGAUGGAAAGACAGACUCACAUGUGUACUGUGUAGUAAAUAGGGUUUGGAAAUACAAGGAAACACGUUGCCUAGUUUGGCUGCUUCACUACUGUUUGCUGUUAUAUACAGUGUUGGAACAUUGAAUGUCUACUUAUGAUGGUUAAUGUUUAAAACAUCGUAGGCACGCUGCUGCCAAAAAAAAAAAGCCUAUAUUAGGUAGAUUUCACUAAAGGAAAAACUGUUUUGUUUAACUGUUUAUGGACAAAACACCACACUGCUGUUAUAAAGCUACAUUCUGUCAUUGUCUGACAUUGGUAUGAUACCGUGAAAGAUAGGCCUGCUUUUAUCCAUAAAUGUCUCCUGGUUCUGUCCUACAUGUGUUUAAGUGUUUUCAAUCCAUAUCGAGUUAACCAGCUAAUUAAACAACCCUUCAUUUUUUGAACUGGGUCUGUUGGAGAAGGAAAUGCGAUAAAAAUGUGUAGGAUACAGGGUUGGGAAAUGAUCAGAAACCUUUUUUUUUUAUAACUCAGCCUCUCAUUGAAAUUAUAAUAGUGAGGUCCUUGUUCUGGUGAAUGUGGUUUGGAAAACUUGGGCAUUCAGCAUCAAUUUGUUCGUAGGCUGAUGUGUCUUGUUCCUUGUUUGCAGGGUCAAUUUUAUUUAGUAUCAAGUUUAUUACUGUUUUUCAGUCAUGGUUUUCAAUUUGUAAUUUGCAAAAUAUCUUAAUUUUUUUCCUAUGGAGAAAUAUCGAACCAUCUGUAAAGCAGCUGUAGACCAUUGUAUUAAAAAUAUAGAUGUAUUUUAAUUGUGUUGUAUGGAUUUUUUUUUUGACGCUUUCUCUUAUGUGGCCACAAUGGGGCGCUGCUUCUCAUGUAAAUUUGUGUGUGUAAUCUCACCCAUUUGGAAACUACAUAAACAUGUUUAUAAACUGUG